AUGGGUUAUCAAUCAGGAUUCCAGUUUGGAUGGGCGGCCACCCAGAUUUCCCAUCUCUCCCUCAUUCCAGAGCUGGUGACUUGCGAGCAUGAAAAAGUGGAGCUCACUGCAUACAGGUAUGCCUUUACGGUGAUAGCCAACAUCACAGUGUAUGCAGUGGCCUGGCUGAUGUUUCAUUUUCAGACUCAGGAAGGAGAUGAUCCCGCCAUUACGGAAAACCUCGGCCCGGUUGACAUCCCUGUUUUCAGAGGUCUAAGUCUUACAGUAGUGGGCAUUGGAGCUCUGUUCUCGCUGCUCUUUCACCUGGGCACACGGGAGAAGGGGGCACGUCCCCGUCGGGAGGAGGAGGGCUCUAGUCCUGGGGAGCGGCAGCCUCUUCUUAACAACACCACUGUGUCUCCUCCCACCAGUCUGCUGCAGUGGAAGCACUGGCUGAGACAGCCAUCAUUCUACCAGGUGGCGUUGCUUUAUAUGUCCACCAGACUGAUAGUGAACCUGUCGCAAACAUACAUAUCCAUGUAUCUCACCUACACACUACUGCUGCCAAAGAAGUACAUAGCCACCAUUCCCCUGGUCAUGUUCCUGAGUGGUUUCGCUUCCUCAUUUAUCAUGAAGCCUCUAAGCAAGCUAAUAGGCAAAUGUAUGACCUAUUUUUUGGGACUGUUGCUGAUUCUUGCGUUCUCCUGUUGGGUGCUGCUGGACACACACAUGGGAGAAAAGGUGUAUGGCGCUGCGGUCUUGCUCGGAGUGGGGUCCGCUACCAUCCUGGUGAUGUCACUUGCCAUGACAGCCGAACUCAUAGGAGACCAAACACAAAGUGGUGCUUUUGUUUAUGGAGCUAUGAGCUUCACAGACAAGGUGGCUAAUGGUCUGGGAGUUAUGAUUAUUCAGACGCUACAUCCCUGCCGCACAAUGGUAUGCUGUCCAGGCUGUGUGUGGUAUUAUCACUAUAUCAUGGUCAUCGUCACUGGUGGAGUGGCCGUUUUAGCAGCGCUGAGCCUCUGCACGAUCCUUAUCUGGCCUAUAAAGAUAGUGCACUAUCUGCCUGAGGUGACUGGCCUUAUGGGGAGUGAUACAGAGGACUCGGAGAGCUCUGAGCAGCCAUCAGUCAACUGAACACACAUCUUCAGCUCUGAUGCAGAGAGCGUUUGGUUGACACUUACAUCACAGUGGUGAAGGUUAGAAAUCAGGUUUUGGUUCAGAAUGAUCUUUCACAUAGGCCAGUGUUUGCUAAUGUAGUCUAUAUGGUGGCCACAUCUUGACACAUGAGAGAAUUUCACUGAGAGCCAAAUAUGUGGGGAAUUUUUAGAGGUGAUUAGUUGAUAUUACUCAUGUGUCCUGUAUUGUGGCUUUUUAUUUCAUAGUUCUCACUUAACCCAGCAGUCUGCAUAGACACUUUAUCUUUAUUAUGCCCAAUUUUUUUUUCAUGUUUAUCAUUUAAAAUUUGUUUUACUAUAAAUUUAGUUCAGUUAUUUCAAUCAAGUCCAUAAAAACAAGGGAAUUUAUUUUUAUAAGGACUCAAAACUAUUGACGUUAUUGUGAAGUUAGUGCAAGAUGCACAUGUUAUGAUGGAUGCAUCAUUUCAGGUUAUAUUAAUAAAUCCAUCUAACUGUUCCAUAAGGGAAUUCAUGAAAAGGGAAGAAUUGCUAUUUUAAAUCAGGGGACAUGAAGCCAUGUGUUGUCGUUUCAGGGCAUAUUUUCAGGUGUGAGAUACAUGGGUUAUCAAUGUUAGGGACCAGAGAGUCAGUGAUGAGCAUUUUUCCCCCUGUAACCACUAGCUUUUUGUUUUCUUUCAUAUUUUUAUAUAUGCAUAAUUGUUUUCAUAUGUAAGACAAUUGUGUCUGACAUGUGGCUAUUUAUUUCAUAGUUCUCACUUAACCCAGCAGUCUGCAUAGACACUUUAU